UCUCUCCGUUCGCUCUGCCUGACAUUCCGCAGUCGAAAGAAGCGAUGCUCGGCGCGAGAGUGUCAAUCAACGGGUGACAACAAGACAGCACAGCACGCGCGCCACACUCUUGAGAGAUUCUCAACCCCGUCGUGGCCGUUGGGUUCCGGGCGCACCGUGCACUGCGCGUGGACGCACCCGAGAGAGGGGAAAAGGGAGGCUGGAGUGCGCGCGCUCUUCUUGUACCGCUCGCUACUGCUCCUCCCGCCACGGCUUCUUCGGCGGAGAGGAAUCGUUUUGUUAUCCGUUGAAUGAACGGACGGACGGACAGACUGACGAAGGAAGGAUGAAUCAAUGACACAUUCCUCGCGACGCUAGGGGUUUCACGCCGUAGGCGCCACACCGAGCCAGUGAAAAGAAAACGACAAAGGAGUGGUGCUGCCCAUCUGGAACCCCCAGAACCCCUCUGUGGGGGACAAAGUGGCGCGUGCCAUCGUGUACUUUGUGGCCCUCAUCUACAUGUUCCUGGGGAUGAGCAUCAUCGCCGACAGGUUCAUGUCCUCGAUAGAGGUGAUCACCUCCCAGGAGAAGGAGAUCACCAUAAAGAAGCCUAACGGGGAGACCACCACGGCUACGGUGAGGAUCUGGAACGAGACCGUCUCCAACCUCACCCUCAUGGCCCUGGGGUCCAGCGCCCCCGAGAUCCUGCUGUCCGUCAUCGAGGUGUGUGGCCACGACUUCGAGGCGGGCUCUUUGGGGCCCAGCACCAUCGUGGGCAGCGCCGCCUUCAACAUGUUUGUGAUCAUCGCGCUGUGCGUGUACGUGGUGCCCGAUGGCGAGACCCGCAAGAUCAAGCACCUGCGCGUGUUCUUCGUGACGGCGGCCUGGAGUAUCUUCGCCUACAUCUGGCUCUACCUCAUCCUCAGCGUCUUCUCCCCCGGGGAGGUGGAGGUGUGGGAGGCGGUGGUGACCUUCCUGUUCUUCCCGCUCUGCGUGGUGCAGGCCUGGGUGGCCGACCGGCGCCUGCUCUUCUACAAGUACGUGCGCAAGCGUUACCGCGCCGACAAGACCCGCGGCAUCAUCAUCGAGACGGAGGGCAGCAACGACGGCGGCAUGGGGGGGGAAGGCAUGAUGGACGGGAGGGGCGGGGCCCUGGGCCCGGGGGGCUUCACCAAGAUGGACAUGCUGGAGCUGGACGGACAGAUCGCCCUCAACUGCCACCACGGCGGGGGGCUGGAGGGGGGCCUGGCCACGCUGGAGGACGGGGGCGGGGCUAAGGACGAGGACGACGAGGCCAGGCGGGACAUGGCGAGGACGCUGAAGGACCUGAAGCAGAGACACCCCGACAAGGACAUGGAGCAGCUGGUGGAGAUGGCCAACUACCAGGUGCUGGUGCAGCAGCAGAAGAGCAGGGCCUUCUACCGUAUCCAGGCAACCAGGAUGAUGAUCGGAGCGGGGAACAUACUGAAGAAGCACGCCGCCGACCAGGCCCGCAAAGUGGUGAGCGGCAGCGAGGCGGUGGCGCUGGACGACGACCCGUACACGGUGAAGAUGGAGUUCCAGCCGGCGCUCUACCAGUGCUUCGAGAACUGCGGCUCGCUGAAGCUCAGCGUGUCCCGCCGCGGGGGCGACGCCGGCCUCACCGUCAAGGUGGACUACAGAACAGAGGACGGUACGGCCAACGCGGGCUCCGACUACGAGUUCGCCGAGGGGACCUUGGUGUUCAAACCAGGCGAGCUCCUCAAAGAAAUCACCGUUGGCGUGAUUGACGAUGACAUCUUCGAGGAAGACGAAUACUUCUACGUGCACCUGAGCAACCCCCGUCUGGUUGGCUAUCCUGAGAAUUGCUCCGCCCCCCUGGAACAUAGCACCACCCCCAAAGCCGUGCUGGGCGACGCCCACACCGCCACAGUCACCAUCUAUGACGACGACCACGCAGGUAUCUUCACCUUCGAGGUGGCGAGCCAGCGGGUGAGCGAGAGCGUGGGGGUGAUGGAGGUGAAGGUGCAGCGGACUUCGGGGGCCCGGGGCCUGGUGGCGGUCCCCUACCGCACGGUGGACGGCUCCGCCCGCGCCGGGGAUGACUACGAGAUGGUGUCCGGCAAGCUGGAGUUCCAGAACGACGAGACCAUGAAGAUCAUCGAGGUGAAGAUCAUCGAUGACGAGGAGUACGAGAAGAACAAGUCCUUCACCAUCGAGCUGGGGGAGCCCAUCCUGCUGGAGAUCGGCCAGAAACACGGCGACUCCAAUGAGAACAAGCCGGUGGUGGGGGCGGAGGACGAGGAGGUGGCCAAGAUGGGCUGUCCCAGUCUGGGGGAGCACACCACGGUGGAGGUGUUGAUCGAGGAGUCCUACGAGUUCAAGAGAGCCGUCGACGUACUCUUGUCCCGAUCCAAACAGCGCAUGGUGCUUGAGGACACGGAUGAGUCCGAUGAGGAGGAGAUCGUAGGGGCUUGUGUCCCCUGCAAGAAGUUUAACAACACGGUAGAUAAGCUGAUCAAGAAGACCAACUUGGCUCUGGUGGUGGGCAGCAGCAGCUGGAGAGAGCAGUUUGUCAACGCUGUUACGGUCAGCGCAGGCGACGACGACGACGAGGAGAGCGGCGAGGAGCGUCUGCCGUCCUGCUUCGACUACAUCAUGCACUUCCUGACGGUGUUCUGGAAGGUGCUGUUCGCCUUCGUGCCGCCCACCGAGUACUGGAACGGCUGGGCGUGCUUCGUCGUGUCCAUCUCGCUGAUCGGCCUGCUCACGGCAGUCACCGGGGACUUGGCCUCCCACUUCGGCUGCACCGUGGGCCUCAAGGACUCGGUCACCGCCGUGGUGUUCGUGGCCCUGGGCACCUCCGUUCCCGACACCUUCGCCAGCAAGGUGGCCGCCAUCCAGGACCAGUACGCCGACGCGUCCAUCGGCAACGUGACGGGCUCCAACGCCGUCAACGUGUUCCUGGGCAUCGGCGUGGCGUGGACCAUCGCCGCCGUGGUGUGGCGCUCCCGGGGCAAGGCCUUCCGCGUGGACCCGGGCUCCCUGGCCUUCUCCGUCACGCUCUUCACCAUCCUGGCGUGCGUGUCCGUGGCCAUCUUGCUGUACCGCCGGCGGUCCUCGGUGGCCGGCGGGGAACUGGGGGGGCCGCGGACUUGCAAGCUGAUCACGUCGCUGCUCUUCGUGUGCAUGUGGUUCAUCUACAUCCUGCUGUCCUCGCUCGAGGCCUACUGCCACUUCCCCAGCUUCUAAGAGACCACCCCCCCCCCCCCCACACUGGGGUGAGGAGUGGGG